GAAAGGGACCAACCCUUAGAUUUCAUGGAAAAGGGAAAAUCCCAAAUCGCAAUCUUGUCCUAAAUUUUGGAACUUUGAAAAAUUCCAAGAAAAAAAUCGUAAAACUUUGCAAGAGAAUGAACGCUUCCUCAAAAUCUCUUCUGCCCCACUUCCCUUCUUCAACGCGGCUCGCUACGCACUCCCAUUUCUACAAAGGUGUGAAUUUUCUGCCGAGAAGGGUUAUUCUGCAACUUAGCUGUAGCUGCGAGCGCCAGCUGAAAAGGGAGAGCGGAAACGACGCCGUUGCGAGCGAGAUGAUGUCGGCAGCUGGUUUGCAGCGGCGAUCAGCUCUGAUUGCAGCUGUGGCUUGUAUGCUGGUGAUCGGAAAUGCGCCGCAAAAAACCCUAGCUUCCAAUUCGCCGUCGGCUUUUGUCGAAAGUGUUAUCUACUCUAAUAAGAUUGCCAUUUUCUCCAAAUCAUAUUGCCCAUAUUCCUUGAGAGCCAAGCGCGUAUUUACUGAACUUGAGGAGCAGCCCUAUGUGGUGGAGCUUGAUCUUCGGGAUGAUGGAUAUAAGAUUCAGGACGUUCUCCUGGAACUGGUCGGGCGGCGAACUGUCCCACAAGUGUUUGUAAAUGGGAAACAUAUAGGCGGUUCUGAUGGUAGGUCUUGGUUUGUCUCUCUCCGUUUGUAUAUAUAUCUCAAUAGUAACAUUUACUUUAACUUGAAAGAAUCUCAUGCAAUAUGACACGGUUUUGUUGUCAUAUUUGUUUGUAUUUCAGAUCUGCAAGCUAGUGUUGAAAGUGGUCAACUGCAGAAUCUUCUCAGUAAAGCUUGAUGCAAUUCAUAGACUAAGAGAUCUCUCCAGCUAACGGCACAAGUGUUUCUGGUUGAGGCUUCAUGAAAAUCUUAAUCGUGAUUUGUAAGUAGACCUGUAUCUGACUGGUAAACAAGGUCGUCAUCUCAUCUCUUUCAGAUAAGCUGGAAAGGGCAUCCUCUCGCCACAUUUUCAACGUGUUCUUCACAUCUUUAGCUGACUUGUUGGUAUCGCGACCUCUUAAAUCCUUGGUUAUUUACGAAUUUUGGUGAAAAAUAAAACAGACUUGAUAGGUGAAUAAUGAAUGAUCUGCUUGUCUUUUGUCGUCCAACUUAGAGCAUGACGGCACUUUUCAUCACGAUUUCUUGGCAGUCUUGUUGAAUUUAAGCUUCUUCUUACCGUU